AUUAUUAUUAUUAUUUUAUUGAUGCAUGACUGUGUUGCUAUUCAUGUAGGUAAAAUCCCUAAAUGGUUACUGAAUAUUGUAGCAUCCAAGAUAGCACCACGAAUAUUUUUAAAGAUUGCUCAAGCAGCUGAGAAGUACCCGGAAUGGAAAAAAAGAAACAGGCCAGAGCACAGACCAUGGGUCGAUCCUACCAAAUAUGGAGUACCAAUUGUAUCUAUAAGCGAACUCCUUCAAUUCUCUCCUGAUACUAUUCCUCUUACCCCUCGAGUAGGUGAGCCAGAUUAUCUCGGGUCUGAAGAGCAGCUGGAGGAGGACAACGAGACUGUACCUGAUGGUAUAGAGUCAUUCCUAGCUAAUGGAGGGGGCGAGGGUAAGACAGGAAAUGGUGAAAGUAAUGUUGGGGUUAAGAAUACUCCGGAAUAGAGAGGAAUCAUAUAUUAUUAUAAAUAUAUAUAAAUAUAUAUUAUAUUAUUUUUUCCAAAAUUAUACUCAUUAUUAUUAUUAUUAUUAUUAUUUUAUUGACAUUAAUUUGUAUAGACUCAUAUUAUGUUAUUUAUUUCUACUGCCAUGCUUCAUUAUUAUUCAAAUUUAUUAUUAUUUAUAUAUUAUUAUUAUUUAUAUAUUAUUAUUGUUAUUAUUAUUAUUAUUAUUAUUAUUCAUUUAUACACGUUAAGCACAUUUUCAUAUCUUUCUCCCUAAAUUUUCAUAAUAAUAAAAUAUGAAUUAACUUCAUAAAGUACAUCUUAAACUAACUAAA